CGUAAGCAGUCGUGACUGGUGAAGCGGGAAAAAUGGCUGCCCAAAUUUAACUUCUGUCUGCUGCACGUGGACACAAGUUCAUACACCCGGAGCCGGCGUAGCGCAUUACACCGGCCGUGCUCGUGUAGUAGCGGGUCUGAAUCAUCGUUGGCCGCGGAGAGCGGCCCCUUCGACUUUGACACCCCGAGCAACGGCGAGUCGCGCUCGUGGCACAAAUUAUUAGACAAAUUGGAAAGGGAACAUUUUAAGUCUUGGAGAGCGGAUGAGUCACGGACCCGGUUCAGGAAAUACGUAGGGGACUGGUGAGCUGAUGAGAUCCCGUGCAAAAACAACCCGGCUUCAGUUUUAUAAAGUUCAUGUGCUUGAGCUUACACAUCGCACAUAGUGCUGCAGCUUUUUGCCGCUUCGUUUGCCUCAUUGGAUCAAUGCAGUCUGAUGGGUGUACUUUGAGGAGUUAGGCCGUGGAUUUGAGCCGAUUAAAUUUUAAAAAUAUGGAGAGCGAAGUAAGGCCAUCUACCUCUUCAUGCAUCUUCCUUCGAAGCCGUAAAUUUCUAACAGCACUCAUCCUGUACUCGUUUGUGGCCAGUCUCGUCAUCAUGCUUAUCCUGAACUCCACAAGAACCAUUAGGGCCCUCCAAGACGGCGGCAGGUUCUCCAUCAAUCUUCUGAACCUCACCCAGAGAAGAAUCCACGGAGGCAGCGCUCUAACGCCGCCAUCCCCUCCGCAUAAUGACACGCCCGACUUUAUCUUCUCCAAAAAGUCCAAAGACGAUCAAGGAUCAAAGAAACAGAGUGAAAACCACGAGAGGGGCGAAUGCGGGAGUAAUCGAGACGAGGGUUGCCACGGCAACAAAGACAUUAACAUUUCGGAAUUCAGAAGUAGAGACGAUCGGCUUCAUUCGGUCCAGCAGCAUUACAAGUCAAUGGUAGAUUUACAGCCUUUGGAUUUCCACUGCAACACGUGCGCUCUGGUGUCCAGCUCCGGCCAGCUUUUACACCAGCGAGCAGGCCGGCAAAUCGACAGCCACUCCUGCAUCCUCCGCAUGAACGUCGCACCCACCAAGGGCUUCGAGGUGGACGUGGGUUUUAAGACGACGAUUCGCAUCAUCUGCUUUAUCUCGACGCUGGGGCUGAAGACCAAGGCCUCAGAGCUCCUCACAGGGGCCCAGCAGGCCGAGAGGUAUCUGUUCUGGGGUCUGAACACCCCUAAACACAAGGAGGCACUGAAGAGGGUACAGAUGCUUGCCAAGGGGUACGACGCCGAGUUUUACUCCUUGGACGAUGCCGGGGAGACAGAGGCUGUCAGGCUGUUUGAGAGUGAAACUGGGAAGGACAGGGCAAAAACAAAUUCCUGGCUAUCCACCGGCUGGUUUACCAUGAUGCUAGCCAUCGACAUGUGUGAGGAGAUUCACGUCUAUGGCAUGGUGCCUGACGACCAUUGCAGGAAAUACAGCCACAAGCCAGUCCGCUACCACUACUGGCAGACCUCGUGGGGCCCCAGCGAGUGCGAUCACUACAAAGCCAACGAGUACACCAAAAAGGGCGGACACCGGUUCCUGACCGAAAAAGCCAUCUUCCAACGCUGGGCCAUGAAAUACAACAUCACGUUCCACAACCCGGGAUGGAAUCUGGACAAAAGAAGGCGCUCGGCAGAUAAACCCAUCAAUACACCUUUCAUGAGGAGGGACGGCAAUAGCUAACAGCAGAUCAAGUCUUCAAUUUUGUGACGCGUUCUGUCAAAACCAGACACUUUGAGGCUGAUCUUGAAAUAAAGAUUCAUCCAAAAUUAAGAUGUGGCAUAAUUUUUUUCAAUGUGGAGGUGAAUGAUCCUAUAUGUCUACAGGGUAAAGUUCUGUAAAGGUUUCUGACGAUAAUUUUGUCUCCGAAGGGACUUUUGAAAUGAUUUUGGAGAGGUGUGUCGGUUCAAGAAAUGCAUAACUUGAACCCUGACUGCGUAAUUUCUCUGUUUACACCUUGGUGAAAUUACAAACUUCGUAUGAGCAUAAUUUUGCCAAAGGGAAGUCCGUUUUCAUUAACCCUCCUACUGUUUGAACAGUCACAGACAGUCAAAAGUUCCAUCCACUUCCCCUGCCAUGCCUUUUACACAGGCU